UUGGAUUUUAUGUCCAGUGGGAGUUACUAGAGCAAAGAGCUACUAAACCGCACACAAGAAAAGCUGGCAUAACAUUUAUGUGAGAAGAUAGUAUUAUAAUAAUGAGUACUACAGGAAAGGUUAUAAAAUGCAAAGCUGCUGUGUCCUGGGCCGCAAAUCAGCCACUGGUGAUUGAGGAGAUCGAAGUACAACCACCAAAAGCAGAUGAAGUUCGUAUUAAGAUGGUGAGCACAGGAAUAUGUCGGACAGAUGAUCACGCAAUCCAUGGUACUCUAAAAGGGUCAGAGUUUCCAGCUAUCUUUGGUCAUGAGGGAGCUGGAAUAAUUGAAAGCGUUGGAAAAGGUGUAACCAAUUUAAAACCAGGAGACAAAGUCAUUCCACUUUGGCUUCCUCAGUGUAGAAAGUGCACAUGUUGUCUAAAUCCAAACAGCAACUUUUGUACUAAUGCAAACUUAAGUGAUCAAAAGGAUGUAUCGCCUGACAAGACAUCAAGGUUUUCAUGUAAGGGAAAGGUUGUGAAUCAUUUUGCAUGGUGCAGCACCUUUUCUGAAUAUAUUGUCACCCCUACUAAUGCUGUUGCGAAGAUUGAUGACAGAGCACCCAUGGAAAAGAUAUGUCUUUUUGGAUGUGGUUUUCCAACAGGAUAUGGAGCUGCUGUCAAUACUGCCAAAGUGCAGCCUGGUACUACUUGUGCUGUAUUUGGAUUGGGUGCUAUUGGGCUGUCCGCCAUUAUUGGAUGUAAAGUUUCUGGAGCAUCGAGAAUUAUUGCUAUAGAUAUAAACAGCAGCAAGUUUGAAAAGGCAAAGCUGUUUGGAGCCACUGACUGCAUCAAUUCUAAGGAUUACAGCAAACCAAUCCAGGAGGUGAUCAUAGAAAUGACAGGAGGUGGAGUACAUUAUUCCAUUGAAUGCAUCGGCAAUACUGAUGUUAUGAAAGCAGCACUGGAGUGUACUCAUCCAGGAUAUGGAACCAGUGUGGUAAUAGGUGUAGCUGCCCAGGAUGCAAUGCUUUCGUUUUCUCCUUUGCUUCUCCUCACAGGACGCACGUGGAAAAGCUCUCUAUAUGGAGGUUUUAAAAGUAUGGACUCUGCCCCCCAGUUGGUUUCUGACUACCUUGCAGGAAAAUUUGACUUGGAUGGUUUGGUGACUCAUACUUUGCCUUUUACUAAAAUCAAUGAAGGUUUUGAGCUUCUGAGAUCUGGCAAAAGCAUUCGCACGAUCUUGUUGUUCUAAACUGAAGACUUUCGUUGGACCUCUUUUACCAAAGAAAUUAUUGUGGAUCAGUCACAAAAAAUGAUUUGCUCUAAUGUAAUCUAGUUUAGAUAAAUUUUUAAAAUGAACUAAUUUGGUACAACAAAAAAUAAAGGAGUUCACAUAUUGUUCAAAACGAUUUCAGUAUCAUAUAAUAUUGUAUCAAUGGUAAGCAGAUGGUUGUCUGUUUAUAAAAUUAGUUUGAUAGCUUUUUACUAUUAAUAACUCACUGACUGCCUUUGAAUGAAAUAAAAUAGAGGUUUAUGAUAAAUGGA